CUCUGGGCGAUGGUUCGCUGCGAUGGUAGCGGUGCCACCAACGACGAGCACCUCGACCAGCUGCUCAUCACGGGGAUAAAUUCGUUGCACCGCCUCCUAGAGAAGCCGCUGGCCCGGCAGCGGCGGGGUGCCGAGGUCUACCCACAUCCUCUACCUUUGACUGGUGCGGCAGCUCGAGCACCUUGCCGAUCGCUCAUCGAUCUCACUUUUAGGUCGCAGCUCCAUACCAGCCAUCUCCAGAUCUCCUCCACCACUUGUGAUGAGGCCCUGCUAAAUAUUGAAGAGGUGUAUGUCCCAGCCAUCGGCAAUCCUUCUGCCUACAAGGUUGACAUGAAGGGACUGAUAAUGGAUCAGCAAGCCAGCUUGGUAAUGGUCGGACAAGAUGUCUUGAUAUCUGGUGAGAUGAGCUCAGCUUGCACACUCCUCGCCUAUAUCCCAAUUCAGAGCCAGGGCAUAAAGAAACUUCUGGUCCUCUUGCUUACUUCUUCCUUCUAG